AUGAUACGACGGGCCGAGCUGAAAUUCGUCGAAGGUGUACCUCGAGAUCAUGCGCAUGCUGUCCGUGUGCGUCGUGAGGUGAGAUCCCAUGCAGCGAGAUCGUCCGCCCAGGAUCAUCAGGAUGAAUCUGUAGUGGCCAAUGGUACAAAGAAACGAAGAUCCAGAAAGCGAUUCCCACGGUGGACGCUCGAGAUUCGAAAGGACGACAAUCAGGGUCAGAAUGAGUCGUCCUCGAGUCAAUCCAUGAGCCCCUUGACCCCUUUAUCCGGAAACGAUUUGAUUCCAGCGUCCAAAAGUCCCGUAUAUCAUGAGCCUUUUGUAUCUGUGGUAGUGGAGAACUACCUUGAGAAUUUGGCAGUCGCCAUUCCAGAAGUCGAUGGCGAGCAGGAGACGUGUUUAUUGAAGACGCGAUGGUUUCCCAUGGUGAUCCACUGUCCGCUGAUCUUCCAAGUCAUCGUGCUUUUCUCAGCAUCGCAUUAUGCGGCAUUCCAAGGAGAUCCCACCAUGGCUGAAGCGAUUCUCCGUCUCAAAGAAUACGCCAUCGGCGGCAUCACCCAGAGUUUGAAAGAGAACAAAGGUUGGGUGGGUGACGACUUGAUUGCUGCGAGUGCGAAGAUGGCCAGCUACGAAGCCAUCUACGGGAGCGAAAGCGCAUAUCAUGCCCACAUGACUGGUGUCCAAGGCAUGUUGCAGCUCCGAGGUGGCCUUGGGAGCCUUGGUCUUGAUGGCCUUCUCGCUCGACUGCUGAUUUUCAUCGAUACCAACUCUGCCUUUUUGCUCAAUACACGGUUACACCUCGAGGCCGCUUCCUUUCCCAGACUGGCUCCCUUUGUACUCCCAAACCCAAGUCGAUUCAUCGGUGCCUCUUGA